GCACCUGCGCUCAACUUGAAGGUUUAACGAACAGUGAGCGAAGGUAGAGAAAAAAAGGAAGAAAAACAGACCAGAAUAAGUGACGAUGGUAAAGAUAUGUCUUCUUAAAGCGUAAAUAUCUUUAAAGUAAAGGUAGAUUAGAGUGGAAGGAUCAGAGGACCGCGGUCCAGACGGUUAGUUCAUCUGUUUCAGACUCACGGAGCUGCUGUCCAGUCAUCUUUUUCUGCCGUAGUAGGAAGGAAGAGUCCAUUAAGCAACAGAUAAACGCAUCUGCAGCGACACCAUGAAUCCCGAAUAUGACUAUUUGUUCAAGCUGCUUCUUAUUGGAGACUCUGGUGUUGGAAAGUCUUGUCUCCUUCUACGGUUUGCUGAUGACACCUACACAGAGAGCUACAUCAGCACCAUUGGAGUGGAUUUUAAGAUUCGUACCAUUGAGCUGGACGGCAAGACCAUCAAACUGCAGAUUUGGGACACUGCGGGUCAGGAGAGGUUUCGUACCAUCACCUCCAGCUACUACCGUGGAGCCCAUGGCAUCAUAGUCGUGUAUGAUGUGACGGAUCAGGAGUCUUACAACAACGUCAAACAGUGGCUUCAGGAGAUCGACCGUUACGCCAGUGAAAAUGUCAACAAGCUCCUGGUGGGCAACAAGUGUGACCUAACGACAAAGAAAGUUGUGGAUUACACAACAGCCAAGGAGUUUGCUGAUUCUUUGGCCAUCCCCUUCUUGGAGACGAGUGCCAAGAACGCCACCAACGUGGAGCAGGCCUUCAUGACCAUGGCAGCGGAGAUCAAGAAGCGCAUGGGCCCGGGGGCUGCAGCUGGUGGAGACAAGCCCAACAUCAAAAUUGAGAGCACCCCUGUCAGGCAGUCCGGAGGAGGCUGCUGUUAAAGGACCUCCGCCCCUCCAACUGUCGCCUCCAUCAUCUCCAGUGAAACUGACCUUUAACCUCCUGUGUUCUUUCAGCACUUUCUCCUCAUUCCUCCAUCUUGUAACCUGCACCCCCAUUUGGACCCCCUUUUUGUCCUAGCAGGACAUCAGAGAAGGCUGGACAGGCAGAAACAUGGAUUUUAAUGGCGCUGAAACUGAGCUGUAGCUUUUUUAGGGUUAAAUUGUAACACUAGAGGAAGGCACCGUGUCUGAAGGCCGGCGGCGCUGGACAGAAACAGGUCGGUAUCUCACCACGCUCAGCCACUGAUCUGAAGCUUUUUCUUUGCAGUGUCACUGGACGUUGAGGGUUAGUGGCCACAAGAGCAGCGAGGCGUGUGGCCGCACGGUUUUUAAAAAUCAAGACCUGUAGAUUUAGUUUCCAGGUGUUAGAACGCAGCUCUGGGCUUUAAGACGAGUCCACGACAGCUCUGUGACUGACUCCAGGUAAACGUUGUCGCACUAUUUUUGGUACACGUUCAAAACUCGUGCUGUUUUCCAAAGAGUUGCAGCUCAGUGAGAUGCCACCUUAAAGUUCUGCUUUUUGUCCCCAAGACAGAACAUUUUGAAUGCAGAGGAAGAUUAGUGAGUUACAGUGGAGGCAGUGGAAAACGUUGGGCGCGCUCAGUCACAUUGUAACAGACAAACGGGUCCAAAUGUGUUCAGAUCAUUUUCACUGCACACGUUUUUGUCACUUCUUGUUUGUUUUUGUUCUGACCUCAUCAUCCUCACAUCUUCCUCUUCAUUCUCCUCUUACUCCUGUAACUAUUGGCUCGCUCACUCACCCGUUGGACCCUUUUUUUAAUGCUUGAGCAGAACUCGCCGCUGCACUUCCUUGUUGAGGGUCUGGUCAGUUGUACUCGUUUCAUUUCCACCUGCAUUAAAAGAAUUCUAGCCUUAAAUGUCUGCUGACGUCGGAGAACAGCUUCAACGUGCCGCCCACACAGCACAGUCGCUGUGUGCACGUCUCCGUUCUUCGACUGGACUGUGUGUUGCGUUUGGUAGAGAAUGUAAAGAAACGUCUUUUUUAGGGAUGCACGAUAUUGGAUUUUUGCCUGAUAUCCGAU